CUAUAAAUAACCCUUUUCCCAUUAAAGAUUUCCCUUCACGGGUAUCUUUCUGCCUUCUCGGAGCCUCACUCAGCUUCAAGCUCUCUCUCUGCUUUUUUCUGAUAUUGAUCGAUCUGGACUAGACGGACGGGAUGAGUUCCAAAAGUGCAAAUGAGGACUGUCUGGGAUGGGCCGCGAGAGAUCCAUCUGGAUUUCUAUCACCUUAUAAGUUCAGCCGAAGGGUUGUUGGAAGUGACGAUAUUUCGCUAAAUAUCACACAUUGUGGAGUUUGUUAUGCUGAUGUUGGCUGGACUAGGAAUGCACUUGGAAACUCAAAGUAUCCUUUAGUGCCUGGACAUGAGAUUGCUGGAAUUGUUAGAGAGGUUGGCUCCAAUGUUCAGCGCUUCAAAGUUGGUGACCAUGUUGCCGUGGGAACUUAUGUUAACUCAUGUAGAGAAUGUGAGUAUUGUAAUGAUGGGUUAGAAGUUCAUUGCUCAAAGGGUGCAGUCUAUACUUUUGACGGUAUUGAUGCGGAUGGUACUAUCACUAAGGGAGGAUAUUCCAGUUAUAUUGUUGUUCAUGAAAGAUACUGCUUCAGGAUACCUGAGAAUUAUCCACCCGCUUUAGCAGCACCUUUGCUAUGUGCCGGAAUUACUGUCUACACUCCCAUGAUGCGCCAUAACAUGAACCAACCUGGUAAGUCUCUAGGGGUGAUUGGGCUCGGUGGUCUUGGUCAUUUGGCAGUGAAGUUCGGGAAGGCUUUUGGAUUGAAUGUAACAGUUCUCAGCACAAGUAUAUCCAAGAAAGAGGAAUCCCUCAAGCUGCUUGGAGCAGACAAAUUUGUUCUCACGUCUGAUGAACAGCAGAUGACGGCUCUGGCAAAGUCUCUUGACUUCAUAAUUAACACUGCUUCCGGCGAUAUCCCAUUUGAUCCAUACAUGUCGCUGUUGAAGACUGCUGGUAUUUUUGUCUUGGUGGGGUUCCCUAGUGUAGUGAAAUUCAGUCCAGCAAGCCUUAUAUUUGUCUCUUUGUUGCGAAACUGA